UUAGCUGGUACAUUAUCUAAAUUUUAUCAACAGCAAAAGUGUGACUCGCAGGGGAGUCCGGCAUUACCGUCACAGACUUCCGCUACACACCGGAAAUUACGUCAAUAAGUAAACAGUACUCCUGUCAUUGGGACAUAUUUAUAUAUAUUUUCCAACAAAACUCAAGAAUAGGAGAGUACUUAUUGCGAUGCAUGUUUAGCAGGGGUGGUACAUCAGUUGUUUUUUUGAUGAGCUGGUGUCAUUCUCUGUAAAAGUUUCCAGAGGAAGAGUGAGGCUGCUCUUGCUAUGUUCACAGACAUGGAGUAUGAAUUGGAAGAGGAUAAAUUAGGGAUACCUACAGUACCUGGGACUGUAUGUCUGAAAAAAGAUGCAAAUAACCUCAUUGGGAUCAGCAUUGGUGGCGGGGCUCAAUACUGUCCCUGUCUCUACAUUGUUCAGGUGUUUGACAACACGCCCGCAGCCUUGGAUGGGAUGCUUGCUGCAGGUGAUGAAAUCACAGGCGUCAAUGGCAAACCAGUCAAGGGAAAGACAAAAGUGGAAGUGGCCAAGAUGAUUCAAGCCGUACAGUCUGAAGCAGUAAUCCAAUACAACAAAUUGCAAGCAGACCCAAAACAGGGAAAGUCCCUGGACAUAGUGCUGAAAAAAGUGAAACAUCGCCUGGUGGAGAAUAUGAGCUCAGGCACUGCGGAUGCCCUUGGCCUCAGUCGAGCUAUUUUAUGCAAUGAUGGACUUGUUAAAAGACUGGAAGAAUUGGAGAAAACAGCGGAACUUUACAAAGGCCUGAUGGAGCACACCAAGCGACUGCUCCGAGCCUUUUUUGAGCUCUCACAAACACACAGAGCAUUUGGAGAUGUUUUUUCCGUCAUCGGAGUGCGAGAGCCCCAGGCUGCUGCUAGUGAAGCCUUUGUGAAGUUUGCUGAUGCUCAUCGCAGCAUUGAGAAAUACGGCAUUCAGUUGCUGAAGACCAUCAAGCCUAUGCUCCACGAUUUGAACACCUACCUCCACAAGGCCAUACCAGAUACGAAACUCACUAUCCGCAAGUACCUGGAUGUGAAGUUUGAAUAUUUGUCGUACUGCUUAAAGGUGAAGGAAAUGGAUGAUGAAGAAUACAGCAGCAUUGCCAUGGGCGAACCUCUGUAUCGUGUAUGCACUGGAAACUACGAGUACCGCUUGGUGCUGCGGUGUCGGCAGGAGGCUCGUGCUCGCUUCGCUAAGAUGAGGAAAGACGUUCUGGAAAAGAUAGAGCUUCUGGAUCAGAAACAUGUCCAGGACAUCGUCUUCCAGCUCCAACGCUUCGUAUCAGGCAUGUCCCGUUACUAUGACGAGUGCUACGCCGUGCUGAAGGAGGCUGACGUGUUCCCCAUCGAAGUGGACCUCUCUCGCACCACCAUCAACUACAGCAGUCAGUCAUUUACUUACACUGAUGAAGAAGAGGGCGAGGAUGGCGGGGGAGGAGCCAAGGAAGGAGGAAGUGGCGAAGGCGUACAGACAGAGAACGGCGGCGAGAAACUGAUUGAUGAUGAAUGACUUAUGACGCGUGUGGCGGCAUUGUGGACAUGAAGUCAGUUCCUCCUACCUGUUCUGUUUGAAUACUUUAAAAAAAAAAAAAAAACUUUUUCCUACACCGGUCAGGUUGACAAUGAAUGACUAUAAAAGGGAAGGAAAAGGGUUUUUUGCUGCUGGAAAGUAUGGCUAAGCUUUAUUGUGCCUUCUUCUAAUUUUAUGCUGUGUGUGUGGGGUCCGGACUGUGGUUCAGUGUGCAUACUGUAGAUCGCUGAUGUUUACCAGCAAUUGUUACAUUUUAAAACUCUUUGUUUGCUACAAAUAGUUGGACCAACGAGAGGUGGUGCCAUAGCUCUUACGCCUCUCCUUUUUGUUUUCAGUUUGAAAAGUUUUUCUUCUUGACACAUUUUCAGCUGCACGACAAGGAAGCUCUUGUAAAGCUUCACAACCAAAGCCUUUAAUCCAGGUCAUUCCAUCAGUUGCUAUCUUGUGCUAACUUUAUCUGCGUAAACAAUGUUUUUUUAAUGUAUACAGCCAUCAGGUAAUAUUUUGAGUGAGGAAAUAUAGGAAAAUGCAAACACUACUUGUAAAUAACAAAGCUAAAGGGAAACACCGCUAAAUAUUUUUAAAUGUACCACUUUAAUAUUUAUUCUUUAUUUCCACUUGCCAAAAUUGCUUCUCGGAAUAUAUUAUUAUAUUUAUCUUUUGCUGAGGUGUCUUGUCAUUCAUGUUCCAUCUUUUGGGAAACAUGUUAUGCAUUAUUGCAUUUUUGUUUAGAGGUGGUAUCACGUUCUUCAGUGGGCAUUUGUGUUUUAAAGGAAGGUGUGUUUUGUGCAUGUAUACUGUUUCAAAAUAAAUGGAUGUGAAGGGAUGCAUUUAGUAUGUGUUUU